AUGCCUGAAAGAAAUAUUAAUGAAGAGAACCAAGAUGAUCUAGAAAUUGAAGAAACAUUUGCAGAAUAUCCACCAUUAUCACCAAACGAUAUUGACCCUAUAAUUAAUUCGAUCAAGAAAGGAAUUUUUGAUGCCUAA